CCAAAGGGAUCCGUUAAACGGUUCCGUUGGGAAGGCAUGAGGAUGAAAAGCCUGAGGGAAAUCGGACUCGAUUCAAUGAAGGAAAGGAUCUCCUGGUCGAAACUGCCGGAAGUAAUUGACAGCAAAAUUACCGAUUCAAUGAGCAUUAAAAACGUGAUGCUCUGCGAUGUCAAAUUCUCCAUCAUGAUACAAGAAGUCGUUUUCAACAAAGAGCUCUGCGAACUGCAUUCGAUGGCCAGGGAGUCGGUCAAUCUUCAAUCGGAUCCACUCCCUUUGUAUAACAGAAGGCAUCUGGUCAUGAUAAUAAAAAGACUUCGCAGGUAUUCUGACCAAUUGCUCUCCGAUUUGGAAAGAGGGUGGCAGGGUGCAGGAUCCGUUUUUUUCGACCCUGACAAAGUCUUCGAUGUCUUGGAUGUUAACUUGAACGCGAGCUUUUCUCUCGCCAACAUAGCUUACAUGGAAAUGUUAGACGAAUUUAGAAAACUCUUGAAAAGAACAGUGUCGAUCCACCACGAUAUCACGCAUGUUUACAGCGCUGUGACCAGUUGCGAAAAAGCUCUGGGUCCGCUCCAGAGGCUUGCCAGCCUUAGAAAUUCCCUCAGGAGAAUCGUGGAUGAAGAAGACGACGCGAAGACGGCAGAAAGAGCAAGCCUGACCUUAGACAACGUAUCUGGGAUAUUGGAUAGAUGUUAUGAAGUUCUGACAUCGCUCCAUGGACCCAAUUAUGUCGCCGAUCUUGACAAUAUUCUCGAUUUUUCAUUAAAACUCACUUCACUGCAGAGGAAGGGCAAAUCGGAUAAGAACCUUUUCGUGCCGUCUGUGGACGCCCUCAAGGAGUCUCUCAUGGGUACAUUCUCGUCCACGAAAAGCUCUCUGAACCUGAUGGAUUUUUCGCCGAUGAAAAAAGCAAUCGACGCCCUACAUGAAUAUGAACUCGUACCGCUUUAUGACUUAACACCUCCGCCAUAUAGGGAUAACAAACUUAUCUGCGAUUUUUGGGAUAAAAGCCGUCUUUACCAGCUCAUCUAUCCUCGAGAGAACGUGAUGGGUAGGUUUUGGGCCGCUUUCGAAGAGGAAGAGCACGUCUACGAAGAAAUAGGACUUGUCUCCGAACCCUACACGUGGACCUGUUGGGCCGACAUACCUUCAGUUAUCGAUUGUGGCAUUUUAAAAAUAUUAAACAGUCAAGAAAAAGCACUUCUAGAAUCGAAAUUCGAAAUAAUAACGUCGGAGGUAUCAUAUUUGAAAUCGCUGACUGUCGCACUGACGCUAUUUUAUAACUCAUCAGAAUUGGCGGAAAGUCUGUCUGAGACUGAAAUGAAAACGUUAUUCGCCAAUCUUUCCGAAGUUCGGGACUGCUCAGUCGCUUUGCUGUACGAUUUGGCAGGGCAUUUUAAAGAAGACAUACUUCUCAGGGACAUCUCCAACACGGUGAGGAACCAGGCGGCGGUCAACUUAACACCCUACAUAACGUACUGUUCCGCCCAGCCCAAAGCGGCAGCCACCCUCUCGAGAUUAUUGAAGACCAACGCCAAGUUCCGGACGGCCUGCAGAAAGGUUGAGUCGUACAAAGAAGCGCAGGGCUGCUCGUUGCAGUCCUUCCUGUCCCUGCCGUCCCAGAGGAUCACAAGGCUUCCGGUGAUGUUCCAAGCCGUCCUAACCAGGCUGUCGCCCGGGUCUAGAGAAUACACAAACACAAAACUCGUCAUUGCCGUACUGCAAAAGCUUGCUAGAGCCUGUAAUGAAAGUGUAGAAAAAUCAGAUAUAAAAGAGACCGAUGAAAUUAACGUAAAGGUGACUGGUGUCAAGAAGAAACUAAGUCCUUUAAGACUCACUGGCUUUUUUUCCGUUUAGCCGGUAGUAUUUUCCUGGGAACGACUGUGAUAUGUAAAUAUCGAAUUUUGAACGAUAAAAUACGACUUUUUUCGGCCUAAGAAACUGUUGGACAAUGUGAUUUUGUACUGCGAAAGAUUUUUUUAUUGCUUUUAUUGAAUGUUUUAUGAAUUUGGCAGUUUUCUUUUCAUGAAAUAAAUGGAGAUUUGUA